AUGUUGUCAAGAAGAUUCUUCUCCUCAUCAAGACAGGUGGCCAAGUCUGUGGUCACCAAGCUGCCUAACGGCCUCACUGUUGUGUCCAAGCCCGGCCCGCAGUCUUCCUCGUCCAUUGGUCUGUACUUGAACUCUGGUUCCAGAUCCGAGAACCCAUUCAAUUCUGGUGUUUCGACGCUGGUUGGAUCCGUGGUUGCCUCGUCCAAGGCUGCUAGCGAGGCCUACGCGCUGUCUGGUGUCGAGGUCAGCUCUUCCAACGCCAAGGAAGUCACCGGACUGGCCGUCACCUCCUUCGCCAAGGGUAACGCCAAGGAGGCCUUCAAGACCGUCAAGAACCUUGUUGCCAACCUCGAGACCCUGCUGAAAAACGAGUCCUACAUCAAAGACAAGGCCGCAGAGGCUUCCGCGUUCGCCGAGGCCUUCGAGACCAAGCCAAAGCCUAUGGUCAUCGAGCACAUGAUUUCCACCGCAUUCCAGGGAACCUCCCUUGCUCUGCCAACCCACGGUAAGGCCGACACCCUGGCCACUCUGGAGUCCAUGGACCUCAAGUCGUUCCUGGGCAAGCAGUUUGUGGCCUCGAACCUGGCCCUUGUGUCUGUUGGCGAGGCCAAACACGACGACCUGGUCAAGCUUGCUUCCGAGCUGUCUGUUCCCGAGGGAUCGAAGCCGGCGUUCGAGCCAUUCCACUUCUUGGGAUCCGAUGCCAGACUCAGAGACGACACCUUGCCAGCCGCGCACGUUGCCAUCUCUGCCCAGGGUCCUGCCCCAUCGGCUGCAGACUACUACGCCGGUCUUGUUGCUGCCCAAAUCAACGGCCUGUACCAAGCCAAGGGCCUGUACACCAGCUUCCAGGGCUCGCAAUUGGCCCAGUUCUUCAACGCCAACCCUAUGACGGACGAGUUCGACCACUUCUCGCUUGGCUACUCGGACGUGUCUCUGUGGGGUGCUUACCUGGAGACCGAGCACAUCGAAUACUUGGACGAGGUGGUGCACUUCACGCUCAAGAACUGGAACAGAUUCUCUGCGGGCACGUUCACGGAGACGGAGCUGGAGCAGGGCAAGGCUGCUCUCAAGCUGAAGCUGCUUUCUCCUGCCAAGACGGCUGCCCAGGAGGCCGAGAAGCUGGCCACAAACACUUUCCUGCACGGCUUCGAGGAGUCUGAGGCCGAGAUCAUCAAGUCCGUCGACGACGUGUCGCACAAGAAGGUGUCGCAGUGGGCCCAGAAAUACCUGUACGACCAGGACAUUGCCGUUGCUGGUACGGGACAGAUCGAGGCAUUGUUCGAUUACAACAGACUGAGAAACGACAUGUCGAUGAUGAGAUGGUGA